CAUCUGCUGUGUGAUCCCUCGAAAAAAUCGGCCCACCAGUCAGCGGCUUGAAACGUGCGAGGCUGUAUUCACUCCCUCACUUUCGGCUUUUCUCCCUCUCCGCUUGCGCAAUGUAUUCAUGAGGAAACCGUAAAGUGUUAAAUGUUUGAAAUACAAAACCGCCGAAUUUCACAUGCUGAAAAAGGACUCCGCUACUCGUGUGCGCGGCACUGGUGUGUCUGUGCAAUAGACUCUGCAAAGAAAAAAUACUCUUACACGCCUGCAAGUCCGUGGCUGCAAGGACGCUGAAAACCUCAUUUUUCAGUUUCAAGAUAAACCUUUAAAAAUCAAACUGGCUCACGUUCUUCCCAACCAACCCAGUUUGACAGCUGCGCUUCACCCCGUUUGGAGGACUGUCAGCAGCAAGAGGAUGGCAUCAGAGCUGGCAAUGAGCAACUCCGACCUGCCCACCAGUCCCCUGGCCAUGGAAUAUGUUAAUGACUUCGAUCUGAUGAAGUUUGAAGUGAAAAAGGAGCCGGUUGAGCCCGAUCGCAACAUCAGCCAGUGCAGUCGCCUUAUCGCCGGGGGAUCCUUGUCUUCCACCCCGAUGAGCACGCCGUGCAGCUCGGUGCCCCCUUCCCCAAGCUUCUCGGCACCCAGUCCGGGCUCGGGCAGCGAGCAGAAGACACACAUAGAGGAUUUCUACUGGAUGUCCAGUUAUCAACAGCAGUUGAAUCCAGAGGCGCUGGGCUUCAGCCCCGAAGACGCGGUCGAGGCGCUGAUCAACAGCAGUCACCAGCUCCAGUCGUUUGAUGGCUACGCCCGGGGCCAGCAGUUUGCUGGCGCAGCCGGAGCAGGAGGCACCAUGGCCGGGGAGGAGAUGGGGUCGGCCGCGGCGGUGGUGUCGGCAGUCAUCGCUGCGGCAGCCGCUCAGACGGGAGGGCAGCAUCACCACCACCACCAUCACCACCACAGCAGCAACCACCACCAGGCACCUGGCGUCCAGUCCAACGGUACUUCUGGGACAGUUCACCCACACAUGCGCUUGGAGGAGCGGUUUUCAGACGAGCAGCUGGUCACCAUGUCAGUGCGGGAGCUCAACCGGCAGCUACGGGGGGUCAGCAAGGAAGAAGUGAUCCGAUUGAAACAGAAAAGGAGGACCCUAAAGAACAGAGGCUACGCUCAGUCCUGUCGGUACAAGCGGGUCCAGCAGCGGCACGUCCUGGAGGGAGAGAAGACGCAACUCAUGCAGCAGGUCGAUCACCUAAAGCAGGAGAUCUCCAGGCUGGUCCGGGAGAGGGACGCGUACAAAGAAAAGUAUGAGAAGCUCAUCAGCAACGGCUUCAGAGAAAAUGGAUCCAGCAGCGACAACAACCCUUCAUCUCCGGAGUUUUUCAUGUCAUCGAGAAAAUUCCUGCAUCUGUGAUUUCAAGCCCCAUUCCUCCUUGCCCAUGGCUCUCUGAGAUAACCUAACAACUGAGCAGCCAUGACGUCAGAGAGGCCGACCGAUUGCACGGAGGCACCUACAAAGCACAACAUUCAAAAAUGACUUCAGUAAAGAACAAAAGACAAGACCCGCUGAAAUCCCUCAAAACCCCAACAGUGAAAUUCUAGAAAGCCUCUUACUAGUCCUGUUUCCCUCCCUGAAAUUUUACCUCCAGCUUUUUCUUUUCUUUUUUCUUUUUUUUUUUUUGUACAAAACAAGGAAAGAAAAAAAAACAGACUCAUACUCAUGAGAUGGUUGACAAUGUCAGAUAAAUACACUGGAAGGACUAUUUUCUCUUUGGUGGGAAGAUGAUGAUCAUUGAUGCAUGCUUCUGUAAAUAGAUCGUA